GCGCUUGCUUACCGUUUGUCCCUUCCCCUGCGUGUCCAGUUGCGACAGCCAUGUCGCUCGCCGAGACUGGCCUCGCCGUGGCCUCGGUGCCCAACGGAGAGUGCAGCAGUUCCCUGACUCGGCCAGGAGGGAACCGAGUGACGGUGGUGCUGGGCGCGCAGUGGGGCGACGAGGGCAAGGGGAAGGUGGUGGAUCUGUUGGCGCAGGACGCCGACAUCGUCUGCCGCUGCCAGGGAGGAAACAAUGCUGGCCAUACAGUUGUUGUGGAUUCUGUGGAGUAUGACUUUCAUCUCUUACCAAGUGGGAUCAUCAAUCCAAAUGUCACUGCAUUCAUUGGAAAUGGUGUGGUAAUUCACCUGCCAGGAUUAUUUGAAGAAGCAGAGAAAAAUGUGCAAAAGGGAAAAGGCCUCGAAGGCUGGGAAAAAAGGCUUAUAAUUUCUGACAGAGCUCAUAUUGUAUUUGACUUCCAUCAAGCAGCAGAUGGCAUUCAGGAACAACAGAGACAGGAGCAAGCUGGAAAGAAUUUGGGCACCACAAAAAAGGGUAUUGGCCCAGUUUAUUCCUCUAAAGCCUCUCGAAGUGGACUCAGGAUGUGUGAUCUUGUUUCGGAUUUUGAAGGCUUCUCUGAGAGGUUCAAAGUUUUAGCUAAUCAAUAUAAAUCUAUAUAUCCCACUUUGGAAAUUGAUAUUGAAGGCGAAUUACAAAAACUCAAGGGCUAUAUGGAAAGGAUUAAACCAAUGGUGAGAGAUGGUGUUUAUUUUCUCUAUGAGGCCCUCCAUGGCCCUCCAAAGAAAAUUUUGGUAGAAGGUGCUAAUGCAGCCCUGCUUGAUAUUGAUUUUGGGACUUACCCUUUUGUGACUUCUUCAAACUGUACUGUCGGAGGUGUUUGCACAGGUUUGGGCAUGCCUCCUCAGAAUGUAGGUGAGGUAUAUGGAGUUGUAAAAGCAUAUACAACUAGAGUUGGAAUUGGAGCCUUUCCAACAGAACAGAACAAUGAAAUUGGAGAAUUGUUACAGACCCGAGGUAGAGAAUUUGGUGUGACCACUGGAAGAAAAAGACGGUGUGGGUGGUUGGAUCUUGUUUUGCUCAAAUAUGCUCAUAUGAUUAAUGGAUUUACUGCGUUGGCUCUUACCAAAUUGGAUAUUUUGGACGUGUUUACAGAAAUAAAAGUUGGAGUUGCGUACAAGUUAGAUGGUGAAAUUAUACCUCAUUUUCCAGCAAACCAGGAAGUCUUAAAUAAAGUUGAAGUUCAAUAUAAAACUCUCCCAGGAUGGAACAUAGACAUAUCAAAUGCAAGGACAUUUAAAGAUCUCCCUGUCAAUGCACAGAAUUAUGUUCAGUUCAUUCAAGAUGAGCUUCAAAUUCCAGUUAAAUGGAUCGGUGUAGGUAAAUCCAGAGAAUCAAUGAUUCAACUCUUUUAAGGACUGCCAAUGCAGGAAAGAAGCACACUCCUCCCUGCCCGCCUGCCCGCCCCCUGCCCCCCUCAAAAGAAAGAAAGGAAAAAAGAAAGGAAGAAAGAUAAAGACUGCUUAUUCUUAAAAAAACAUUUUAUUUUCAAUCUGCAAAGCCAAGGUUAUGGACACUGAAUGGAAGUACAUCCUACAGUUGUUUUCAGAUUUAGGAUCAAUGGCUGCUGUGGAAAGAAACUUCGGCAUUUCCAGUGUCAGCUUUCUUGAGCUGGCAUAACUGCCAGAUUGUUUUUGCUCCUGCUGCUCAUGGUGCCACAUUUUCUUUUAAUGUUUAGUCAUAAUAUAGUCCACAUUUUAAAAAAUCUAAUGUAGAGAACUCCUUCAAUUGUAUUUAAUUUUCAUUAUUGUCUCUGUGCUGUCAUUGGCGUUACCCGCAAAUCUUAGAUGGUAAGAACAAUUAAUGCAGUUUUGCACAAAUACUUUUACAUUCUGAUCAUUCAAAUUCUGUCAUUGUAAUCUUUGCUGUUAGAGUAAAUGAUUAAAAGAAGAUGGUUCUGGUCAUUUUUGUAAUGCUGUAAAUUCUGUUUAAAUUGUGAACUAUCUUUUAUCCAGAGACCAUUGAAUUUGGGAGGCAUGCAUAGGUUCUUUAAUUUGUACAGACAGCAUGGAGAACUUGAUUUCUGUGAAUUAUUUAAUACUUUGAACAUUUAAUUGGUCAAGAGGAAAAGGUACCCACAAAAAUCUGCAUAUUGUAAAAAGUUCACUUAUAAUAAUUAAAAAACUAGUCUGAUUAUUUGGUGGGUUUGAUUCUUUGUGAUUUAAAACAAUUCAGAAAGAUGUACCUUGCUUUUUGUAAUUUAGCAUUGUUCUUCCAUCUGGUAGGCUUAUUCUUCAACAUUGUGCCUACCGCUAUGCCUAUAAAAAUCACAUGUUGCCAAAUGCACCAAACAAGCCUCUCCAAAUUCUAAAUCAUAUCUGGAUGAUUAUACUUCUGCUCUCCUGGGGAAAAAAAGGCACAAUUUUGAAGAUUAGGCUUAAAUUAUAUUGUGUUUCAGAUUAGAAAGACACAUUAAAUGAGAUAUUUUAAAUAUUUGAAUUAGGUGCCAUUUAAAUUCCUUUAUUUUAUUAUAUCAUCAAUAGCUGAUUAAAAAGAACCAAAUAUUUCUAGUACACCUUUGCAUAAUGUGUCUUUGUUCUGGAGAAAAAGGCAAUAAAAUUUUUACUGGUA